UCUUCGUUCUAACGAAUUUUAAAGAAGAAUAUUUGCUUGAGAAAGGACCCAGGGAGGGAUCCGAAAACGUUUGCAUGUAAUUUUACUCUUGUUUAAUACCGGUUAAAGGGUUUGAUGAAGGAUUAUAUUUGGAAUGCAUAACUUUUUUUGUUCCAACAUCAUCUCACCCAGCACAGUGGUCGUAAACUUUUUAAUACAUUUUGCAUUGUAAUAAAAAUAUAACUUAACAUAUAUAUUUAUAAAUAAUUUAUAUUCAAAUUACAUCAUUUCUAUGGCCAAGGGCGGCGUAAGGCAUGGGUGACAUGGGCCACCGCCUAUGGCCUCGCAGUCCGAGGAGCCUUGCACCACAAAUGUUUAUGCAUUACUUAAAAGCCAUGAAUGCAAUGAAAAAAUUUUACUCGUUAUAAAAUGAUAAAUAGUUUGUAUUUUUAUGAAUAAAAAUUUGACCGUUUCAACUGCUUUUUAUUUUAUAAAAUCAGUCUUCUUGUGCCACCAGAGGGCCUUUAAACAAUAGGCAGUCUGUUAGUGCUGGUCAGUAGUAGUCAAAAUUUAAUAUGAACAUUCAUUUCUUGAAAAUUUGAUCAUGAUUUAAAUACAGUAUUUAUUUUUAAUAUUAUCAAUAUGUCAUCGAAAAGAAAACAUGUUGUAUUAUCAUUAAAAGAUAAAUUGGAUAUAAUCAAUGUUUUGAAACGCUGUGAGUCUGGACAUUCUUUAUCUAAUAAAUAUGGUUUUGGAACAUCAACGAUCUCAGAUAUAAAAAAUCAAAGUGAAAAAAUUAUGAAGUUUACUAAUUGUUUAAUGUCAGAAGAUGGAACAUCAGAGCUCAAAGUUAUGAAAAAAUCAGGAAAUGAAGUUGAAGAGUGCAUGUUUAUGGGUUCAUACAAAGAGUGCAUGUUAAUGGGUUCAUUUGGACAGUCAAUAUCUGGUCCAUUAUUGUGUGAAAAAGCAAUAUUUUUCAAUACAAGAUUAAAUGGAGAUCCCACCUUCAAAGCAAGUUCGGGCUGGCUUGAAAAAUUGAAAGGACAACAUGGUAUCAAGGAACUUGAAGUUCAUGGGGAAAAGCUUUCUGCUGACAUAACUUCAGUAAACACUUUCAUUGACACAUUGAAGAUGUUCAUGGAGAAGGAAGGAUUUGACAAAGAAUUUAUUUACAAUGCUGAUGAAACCAGUUUAAAUUGGAAGAAACUACCGAACAAAUCUUUAGCAUCAAGGCAUGAAAAUAUUGCACCAGGGUACAAAACUGAUAAAGAACGUGUCACCAUUAUGGUGUGUGCCAAUGCAGUGGGCAGACACAGACUCCCACUGCUUGUCAUUGGGAAAUCAAAGAACCCCAGGUGCUUUAAAAUAUCAGAAGUCUUCCAGUUGAAUAUGACCAUCAAAAAAAAGCCUGGAUGAAUUGAAAAAUUUUUAAACGAUGGUACAAAAAGCAAUUCAUUCCAGAAUGAAAAAAUAUCAAAACUCCAUAGAUAAAAGAGGAAAAACUACCGAUCUAUAGAAUGUUUAAACCAGAUCAAUGAAAUGUUUACAGUAAAAUUUCUUCCACCAAAUGUUACGUCAGUAAUACAACUGAUGGGUCAGGGUGUGAUAGAAACAGUAAAACGCUUAUAUAGAAAACAGAUGCUUCGAUGAUUAUUGCUAGCAGAUGAAAAUAAUGAAGAAACAGUUAUCA